CUGACCUAAAAGGCAUUGAACAUCUGCACCGUCGAUAUUCAAAUCCAAGGGUCCCUGAAAAACCCUAGCCUCGCUGCCCUCCCUGAACUUGAUUUAUAAAGUCCCUCAUUUCUUCAUCUCAGUCUCUCGCUCGCUCAUUUCUCGCGCCGAUCUCCCGUCGAACCUAAUCUUUCAUUGAUCUGCAUCGCGAUAAAGUUUUUGCUACUAGAAGUUGAGAAUGGGUAAGGAAAAGACUCACAUCAACAUCGUGGUCAUUGGCCAUGUCGACUCUGGUAAGUCUACCACGACUGGUCACUUGAUCUACAAGCUUGGAGGGAUUGACAAGCGUGUGAUUGAGAGGUUUGAGAAGGAAGCUGCUGAGAUGAACAAGAGAUCAUUCAAGUAUGCCUGGGUUCUCGACAAGCUCAAGGCUGAGCGUGAGCGUGGUAUCACCAUUGAUAUUGCCCUCUGGAAAUUCGAGACCACCAAGUACUACUGCACAGUCAUUGAUGCCCCCGGACAUCGUGACUUCAUCAAGAACAUGAUUACCGGAACCUCACAGGCUGACUGUGCUGUUUUGAUCAUUGACUCUACCACUGGUGGUUUUGAGGCUGGUAUCUCCAAGGAUGGGCAGACUCGGGAACAUGCUUUGCUCGCUUUCACCCUUGGUGUCAAGCAAAUGAUUUGCUGCUGCAACAAGAUGGAUGCCACAACUCCCAAAUACUCUAAGGGCAGGUAUGAGGAAAUUGUGAAGGAAGUGUCUUCCUACCUGAAGAAGGUUGGAUACAACCCUGAUAAAAUUCCCUUUGUGCCCAUCUCUGGCUUUGAGGGUGACAACAUGAUUGAGAGGUCAACCAACCUUGACUGGUACAAGGGACCCACUCUUCUUGAGGCUCUUGACCAGGUCAACGAGCCCAAGAGGCCAUCUGACAAGCCACUCCGCCUGCCGCUCCAGGAUGUCUACAAGAUUGGUGGAAUUGGUACCGUACCUGUUGGACGUGUGGAGACUGGGGUUCUAAAGCCUGGUAUGCUUGUUACAUUUGCACCUACUGGUUUGACAACAGAAGUCAAGUCUGUUGAGAUGCACCACGAGGCACUAACAGAGGCUCUUCCGGGAGACAAUGUCGGGUUCAAUGUGAAGAAUGUUGCUGUCAAGGAUCUCAAGCGUGGAUAUGUUGCAUCCGACUCUAAGAACGACCCGGCCAAGGAAGCUGCCAACUUCACUUCUCAGGUGAUCAUCAUGAACCACCCUGGCCAGAUUGGAAACGGGUAUGCCCCGGUUCUUGACUGCCACACAUCUCACAUAGCAGUCAAGUUUGCCGAGUUGGUUACCAAGGUGGACAGACGAUCUGGAAAGGAGCUUGAGAAGGAACCCAAGUUCCUCAAGAAUGGAGAUGCCGGUUUUGUCAAGAUGGUUCCGACCAAGCCCAUGGUCGUUGAGACCUUCUCCGAGUACCCACCGCUGGGUCGUUUUGCUGUGAGGGACAUGAGGCAAACAGUUGCAGUCGGUGUGAUUAAGAGUGUCGAGAAGAAGGAUCCAACCGGAGCCAAGGUGACCAAAGCUGCCCAGAAGAAGAAGUGAGCCGCCAGCAGUGUGGGAUGAUUUGCUAAAACAAAUUUGCUUUGUUUUCUGUUCGUUCUUAGUUUUGGAUUUUGGUACCCUCUGUUUUUAUCGGCUUCCCCAUUGUUUGUGGAUUCUAUUAUUCGUAGCUUUGUUUAGAAUUCUGUUGCAGUUUUGUGCUGAGUUCCAUUAAAAUGAAAUAGACAAAUGCGU